CCGGUGCGGGCGGGCGCGGCGGACGCGCGGCAGGAGGCGGCGGUGCGCGCGCUGGCGCGGCGCCUGCUGGGCCCGCGCGCCGCCGCUGUGUCGCUGUCGGUGCGGGCGGCGGCGGCGGCCCCGGGCGGCCCCGACACCUACCGGCUGCGGUCGCCGCCCGGCGCCGCCGUGGCCGUGGCCGUGACGGGCUCCAGCGGCGUGGCGGCGGCCGCCGGCCUGUACCGCUACCUGCGCGACUUCUGCGGCUGCCACCUCUCGUGGUCCGGCGCGCAGCUCCGCCUGCCCGACCCGCUGCCGCGGCUGCCGGCCGAGAUCCGCGCCUCGGCCCCCGGCAGGUACCGCUACUACCAGAACGCCUGCGCCCAGAGCUACUCCUACGCCUGGUGGGACUGGGAGCGCUGGGAGCGGGAGAUCGACUGGAUGGCGCUCAGCGGCAUCAACCUGGCGCUGGCCUUCGUGGGGCAGGAGGCGGCCUGGCAGCGGGUGUACCGGUCCCUGGGGCUGAACCAGUCCGAGAUCGACGCCUAUUUCACGGGACCAGCGUUCCUGGCCUGGAACCGGAUGGGGAACCUCCACGGCUGGGCAGGGCCGCUGCCACCCGCCUGGCACCUCGGGCAGCUUUACCUGCAGUACCGGAUCGUGGAGAGGAUGCGCUCGCUGGGGAUGGUCACGGUGCUGCCGGCCUUCGCAGGCCACGUGCCCCAGGGGAUUCUUCGGGUCUUCCCGCACGUGAAUGCCACUCGCCUUGGGGGCUGGAGCCACUUCGACUGCACCUACUCCUGUACCUACCUGCUGGACCCGGAGGACCCCAUGUUCCAGGUGAUCGGGACCCUCUUCCUGAAGGAGCUGAUCAAGGAGUUUGGCACAGACCACGUCUACAGCGCUGACACCUUCAACGAGAUGACCCCCCUCUCCUCUGACCCUGCCUAUCUCUCGAGGGUCAGCAACGCUGUCUUCAGGUCGAUGGCGGGAGCCGACCCCGAGGCGCUGUGGCUGAUGCAGGGCUGGCUCUUCCAGCAUCAGCCCGACUUCUGGCAGCCGGCGCAGGUGCGGGCCCUGCUGCGUGGCGUGCCCCUCGGCAGGAUGAUCGUUCUCGACCUCUUCGCUGAGUCCAAGCCCGUCUACCAGUGGACAGAGUCUUUCUACGGGCAGCCCUUCAUCUGGUGCAUGCUGCACAACUUUGGGGGCAACCACGGCCUCUUCGGCACCGUGGAGGCCAUCAACCAGGGCCCCUUUGCGGCUCGCCGCUUCCCCAACUCCACCAUGGUGGGCACCGGGUUGGCGCCCGAGGGCAUCGAGCAGAACGACAUGGUCUACGAGCUGAUGAACGAGCUGGGCUGGCGCCAGGAGCCCCUCGACCUGCCCAGCUGGGUGACCCGCUACGCCGAGCGCCGCUACGGUGCCCGAAAUGCCGCCGCAGCCGGCGCCUGGCGGCUGCUCCUCCGCAGCGUGUACAACUGCACCGGCGCCUGCGUCAACCACAACCGCAGCCCGCUGGUGCGCCGGCCCUCCCUGCACAUGGACACCGAGCUGUGGUACAACGCCAGCGACGUGUACGAGGCCUGGCGCCUGCUGCUGAGCGCCAGCGCCGAGCUGGGCGCCAGCCCCACCUUCCGCUACGACCUGGUGGACGUUACGCGGCAGGCGGCUCAGCAGCUGGUGAGCGGCUACUACCAGAGCAUCCGCCGGGCCUUCCAGAGCCACGCGCUGCCGGAGCUGCUGACGGCCGGCGGCGUGCUGGUCUACGACCUGCUGCCGGAGCUGGACCGGCUCCUCUCCAGCCACGGCCUCUUCCUGCUGGGCCGCUGGCUGGAGAGCGCCCGUGCCAUGGCCACCAGCGACCGGGAGGCCGAGCAGUACGAGCUGAACGCCCGGAACCAGGUGACGCUGUGGGGACCCAGCGGGAACAUCCUGGACUACGCCAACAAGCAGCUGGGGGGGCUGGUGCUGGACUACUACAGCGUGCGCUGGAGCCUCUUCGUCUCCGCCUUGGUGGAGAGCCUCAACUCGGGCAGCCCCUUCCACCAGGACCAGUUCAACCAGGCCGUCUUCCAGGUGGAGAGGGGUUUUGUCUACAACAAGAAGCGCUACCCGGCCGUGCCGGCUGGGGACACGCUGGAGAUCUCUAGAAAGCUGUUCCUCAAAUACUACCCCAGCACCCUGCGGCGCAGCCGCGCUGGGCCGGCGUGACCUCGGGCUGUGCCGCCGGAGCCUCCCCGGGGGGGGAGGGCAGAGACCCCGCGCCCUCCCGCAGCUCCCGGCCGUGCUGGAAUGAAGGCGCAGACCCCGGCAGCCCCCACCCAGCCUGGACCCACCAUUUCCCCAAUUUGUGCAGGAUGUGCCCCGAGGGGGGGCUGGCAGCUGGACGGGGGGCACGUUCUGCCCCAGGGACCCAUCCUGCGCUGUGCUCAGCCCCGCCGGGCUGCCCUGAGCCUGUCCCCGGGAAAGCCGGGCAGCCCCAGGCGUGGGUCCGGCGGCGAGGGCUCUGUUGCCCCAGUGCUCCCAGCUGGCAGCUUGGCUGGAGCUGGGACUGUGCAGGGGGACCUGGCACCCCUGUCCCUGCCGCGGGGCCCUGGCUGGCUGGCGGGGGCAGUGGUGGUGGAGAAGCAGCCAGGGAGGUGGGGCGGGGGGGGGGUCAGAGCAGCCCCUGCCCCAGGGGAGGUGGGGAACCGGCCUCGUCCCUGGUGUGGUCCCAGACUCCCGUGCCCCUGGACCCUGGUGCCUGUGGGCACCCACUGUUCCACAGCCCCGGCCACAUUUGGUGCCUUUUUCAUCAAAAGAGACUUUGUGGAGUUUUUGGUGGUGUUGCUGGGGCUGCGCUCCCCCAGGCUGGGCUUUCUGGGCCUUGCCCCAGCAGCUGGGGCUCAGGCAGAGCCCGGCUGCGGUGCUGCCAGCCUGCGGAGCGACUAAAGGCCUGCCUGCUGA